UUAAUACUGUUCGUUGCUUGUGAGAUUAUACAACUUUCUUUGUUUUGUCAUUUUCAGUGUAACAUAUAAUGUUGGAUUUCUUAAUAAUAAUAUAAAAACAUCUUUACGUGGGUUGACUGUACAGAAAUGACUCCAGCAGAGGGAUUGGUUGAUGGGUUGGAGCGGGACUCCUGUGCGUAAAGACAACCUGUCGCUUCCUGUAACCAGAGGGAGCGUUUCCCAGCAGAUCUUUUCACACCCACUUCACACCAUCACACACUUCUCCAUCCUCCGGCUUCACCUCUCCAGCGCCUCUUUACGCGCAGAAGCAGCAGCCUCGCGCGCACUUUGACUUUUUACGUUUCCACACGGGCGCUUUUUGGAAAACAAAUGGCCAAUUCCGGCAUCCAGCUGCUGGGCUUCUUCCUUUCUCUGGUUGGCAUCGUGGGUCUGAUCGUGGGCACCAUCCUGCCGCAGUGGAAGAUGUCCGCCUACAUCGGGGACAACAUCAUCACGGCCGUGGCCAUGUACCAGGGGCUGUGGAUGUCCUGCGCCUUCCAGAGCACCGGACAGCUGCAGUGCAAGAUCUACGACUCCAUCCUGCAGCUGGACAGUGCGCUGCAGGCCACUCGCGCCUUGAUGAUCGUCGGUAUCAUCGUGUCCAUCGCCGGUCUGGGCGUGGCCUGCAUGGGGAUGAAGUGCACCACCUGUGGGGGGAGCGAUAAGCUGCGCAAGUCCCGUGUUGCCAUGACAGGAGGCAUCAUCCUGCUAGUAGGAGGACUGUGUGCCAUUGUGGCGUGCUCCUGGUUUGCUCACAACGUCAUCAGAGCUUUCUAUAAUCCUUACACUCCUGUCAACACCAAAUUUGAGUUUGGAGCUGCUAUUUUCAUCGCGUGGGGCGGCUCCCUCCUGGACGUUCUGGGCGGGGCUAUGUUGGCGGCAUCCUGUCCUACGAAGAAGCAGGUAUCCAAGUACCCACCUAUAGGCAGUACUCGCUCCGGGGCUGCAGCCAGCACCAAGGAGUACGUGUGACUUCGCCCCCCUACUACUCGGGACUUGAAAAGAUGCUGAAGAAGAAGGAGUUCCUUGAGGGAAGACUUGAGGGAAGAUUUGCCAAGAGGAAACCCCCAAAACUGGACUUCCCUUUUUUUUCCCAGCAGAUCUUCUGCACAUUCCAUGAAAGAUGUCUGCCGUCCAAACAUUCAACAAGUGACCCUCACAAAUACAUUAUAAUUAGAUCUCAUGACUUCAUAGACUCGGGGCUCGUUGGUUUAUAGGCGGAACAGUGGAUGGAAGCCAACAGUGGCGAGCCCAUGCAAGAGAGCCACGUUUAUUAGCAUUUACCAUGUAAUUGAAGAUAAUCAAUUUUAGUCUGCUGCAGCUCGGAGCGACAAUUCAAAGUGUUGGGACUGAAAUAGAAAACCAGAGUGUGAGCUUUCACAGCAUGUCUUCACACCAGGCUGCUACAAUCGCUGCUCACACAGGAAAUAUUUGGUCACCAUCACUCACAUGAAGCGACCUCUAUUUAUUUUGUCGAGGUUUUCGCUCCACAUCUGCAGAAGCUUUUAGGGGAUUUUAGAGUCGUACUGCUGUUGAGCUGAGACAUUUGCAAGUGUUUGUCAGAAAGUGGAUCCAUAGGAAGUGUAUUUUUAACCUGUGAAACAGAACAUGAAAAAUAAAAAUGGUACUGACACAAUGUUAA